AUGGCUCCUCAGACGAGGUUGCGUGUCAACAUGUUCAAGUGGCUCGACACAGAGGGCGCCGGGUACAAGUCCCACAUCCCAGGACAAACCAACUACCUGAAAGGUCGGAGGUUCAUCGAUGAAGAUCGUCAAAAUACACGCCCCUUCCCGCUCAACCCGAACUUCGUCAGCGAGAGCAUCCUCAGCGAGGAGCUGCGGAACGAAGUGUACGAGCAAGUUGUGGUUAAGAAGAAGAGUGUGCGGGCCGUGAGUGUCGAAUACGGAAUUGACAUGCGGCGAGUGGGUGCUGUUGUGCGGUUAGUCGAGCUUGAGAAGCGUACGAAACAACAGGGCAAGUCCAUGGCCUUACCAUAUGCUCGUGCUGUGCACGAAAUGGUUCCCUCCACUCCCCUCUACGCUGACGCGAUGGAGCGGCGUUCUAACCCUCACGAGUCGAUCAACGACCUUCCGGUUCAUCGGGCCACUGACCCCCAAAUCUUCUACCCCGUUCCCGAGUCUCGUCAGUUCAACCGUAUGGACGCUGGUCGUGUCUUCUCCGCUGCACCUGCUCUCACACACGAACAAUCCGCGCAGCAGCUGUCGGAUCCUGAUGGUGUCAUCAUGGGCGUCACUAAGAAACCCGCGCAAAUUGAGCGGGUGGGCAAGGGUGCCGGCAGGCAUCAGGUAUUGCAGCCCGCGGACGCGCGUAUUCCUCACCCACAUCUCGUUGCCCACGAGCGCCGCCGCGCCACGCACCCCGAUGAGCACCGUGAGAACCGCAAACUGUACGAGAAGCGUCUCAAGUCCGUCGAGGCCGCCGAGCAGGCCAUUCGGGAGAACCAGGCCCGCAACCAAGGCCUGGUCCACAAGGUUCGACCCGAAUCGUCACGCUUCGAGUUCCGCUUCAAGGACGUCGUCGUCAGCAAGGAGACCACCGGUGCCGAUGGUCGUGGUUAUGACGCCCCUGGCCGGCGAUACGGUGUUCCCAGCUACGAACGUAAGAAGGGCCAGAUCAAGAUUCCUACCAGCGUGGAUGUUUAA